AUGGCGGAUGCUGUCAUCGUCAGCAUUGCUGAAGGAAUCAUUACUAAUCUGGUUCCUCGAGCUCUAGAAAGGGUUGGAAAUUUAUGGGGCAUCAAGCAUGAACUCGAGGUCCUCAGGAACACAGUCUCCGAGCUUCGAGCUGUACUUUAUAAUGCAGAGGAGCAAUACUACCGGGAUUGCCAAAUCCAAGAUUGGCUUGACAAACUGAAAGAUGCUUUCUAUGACAUACAGGACUUGCUUGAAGAAUUUGAUAUAGAAGCUAUAAGACGAGAAUUGAGGGGCCACAAUGAAAUGAUUAAGGAGGUAAGGGCAUUUUUCUCAAAUUCAAACCAACUUGCUUUUAAACUGAAGAUGAGUUAUAAAGUAAGAGCAGCGAGGGAGAGAAUAGAAACCAUUAAGGCUGAAAGGAAUUUCCCCGUGACCGAGCGCCCUGCGGAUUUGCAAGGAGAGAGAGAGAGGAGGAAGAGAGAAGAGAUGUAUUCGACACACAACGGAGAUUUUAUAGGGAGAGAGAAUGAUAAGAAGAGAGUUUAUGAAUUUUUAUUGGAUUUGCAUGUGAAAGAAGAAGUUUCCAUCCUUCCAAUUGUCGGUACGGGGGGGAUUGGAAAAACAGCUCUUGCUCAUUAUUUGUACAAUGAUGAGAUAUUAAGUAAACGCUUUGACUUUAAAGUGUGGGUUCGUAUCUCUAUUGACCUUGACGUGAAAGAGAUAGCGAAACAUAUGAUAGCUUGUGCAAAGAUGGAAGAACCCACUGAGUUUUCGAUGGAAAGGUUGCAAAGUGAAUUGAGAAGAGAAAUUAAGGGAAAGAGAUAUCUCUUGGUUUUAGAUGAUUUGUUGGGUGUAACACAAGAACAAUGGCAAAGCUUGAAAGAUUUAUUGUUGGGAAGUGCUAGAGGAAGCAAGAUAUUAAUAACUACUCGCUCUGAUUUGGUUGCGAAGAUCACUGGCACUGCUUUGCCUUAUCCUCUCAGCAGCUUAUCUGAACGUGAAUCUCUUCAUUUAUUAUUGCGAGCGGCUCAUCAAGAGAUGCAAGAUCCUGAACUGCUAGCUAUUGGCGAAGAGAUAGUUAGAAAGUGCCAUGGGAUUCCAUUGGCUGUUCGAACUAUUGGGAAUCUACUAUUCUCUAAGAAAACUACAGAUGAAUGGUUACAUUUCAAAGAUUACAUGCUCCCACAGGUGUCUCAAAGAGAAGAUUCAAUAAUGUCUAUCCUUAAACUAAGUUACGAUCAUCUUCCUUCACAUUUGAAACAAUGUUUUGAUUUCUGUUCAUUGUUUCCUAAGGAUUAUAUGAUAAAGAAGCAAACUUUGGUCAAUCUUUGGGUGGCGGCAGGAUUUAUUCUGCCAUCAAAUGGAAGUCAACAUGUAGAGGACAUUGCUCAUGAAUAUUUCAUGGAUCUACUUUCAAAAAGCUUCUUUCAAGAUUUUCAGAAGGAUCCAAUCACGAAGGUGGAGACUUGCAAGAUGCAUGAUUUGAUGCAUGAUGUAGCCCUUAACGUUGCAGGGACCGAGUUUGCAGGGACCGAGUGUCAACAGGCACGGGAUCACACAAAAUGCACACGUGGAACUCGUCAUGUAUCUAGUGAUUCAAUGGAUAAACUUCCAACCUCGUGGUUGACAGAAAAUCUAGUGAGAACAUUUCUUUAUGUGCCUCCAUAUGGCGAAAUCGAACAAAAGGAGCCAACGAGUAAAGUAGUAGUGUGCCAGCUCAUUCAAAGUUUCAAGAAGAUGCGCAUCUUGGAUUUGCAUGCCACGAUUGUCAAGAAGGUCCCGAGGUCCAUCUGUAUGUUGAAACAUCUCAAGUAUCUCGAUCUCUCUCAAAAUAAAGAAAUCAAAAGGCUUCCUAUCUCCAUUACAAGGUUGCAUCAUUUGCAAACACUUAAUCUUUGCGGUUGUAGUUCCCUUGAAGAAUUGCCAAGGGGUAUAAAGAAGCUUGUCAGCCUUCGCAAUCUAGAUUUAGAUGGCUGUUCAAGACUUAGUUUUUUGCCACGUGGACUAGGGCAACUGAGUUCUCUGCAUACGCUAACACGCUUCAUUUUGCCUAGUAAGAAAGCUCUUGCUAAGAAUUAUUGCAAACUUAGGGAGCUAAAUGGACUUAAUAACAUCAAAGGAAGCCUUAGCAUUGAAACUUUGGGAUACAUAACAGAUGCAUCAGCAGAAUCCAGGGCUGCGGACUUGAUAGCGAAGCAUUCUCUAAAAUCUUUGAUACUUAGAUGGGGUUAUCUCGAUACUGAUGAUCCAGCAAUUGGCGAUGAAGAUGAAGCUCUAUUAGAUGGACUGAGGCCGCACUCAAAUCUGCAGAAGUUGACGAUCAACAGAUAUAAUGGUAAGACCUUUCCAAAGUGGAUGACGGAUUUCUUGCCAAAUCUAGUUAAGGUACGGUUGCUAAGAUGCGGAAGAUGUAAACAUCUCCCUCAACUGGGCCGACUACCUCACCUCAAGUCUUUAGAGAUUUGGAUGCUCACUGAAUUGGAAUCCAUUGAGUCAGACCAUUCCUCCACUGCAGCAGCAUCAUUUCCUAGUCUAUUGAGAUUAAAGAUCCGUCACUGUGAAAACUUGAAAGCCAUGCCACUAGCUCCACUUAUCGAGCAUUUGGUUCUGAAGGAGGUCGAUCUACAGUUGAUAAAUUGCAUACAUGCCCUUAAUAAGUUGAAGAGUCUAGAUAUCUCGCAAAUGGAGUUUCUAAAAUGUUUGCCUGAGAAGUUUUUGCAAAGUCUCACUUCACUUGAACAUCUUGAAAUUAGUGAAUGUCCCAAGUUAAAUUCCCUCUCACUAGGUACGCGACAUCUUUCAAACCUUGUGCAUCUCUCUUUUUCCAAUUGUGAGGAGCUCGAUUUAUCCGAAGGCGAAAGUGACAACUUCUUAGAUUUGAAAGGACUUGAGAGUCUUCAGUUCGUGGACAUCCUUGGUGUUCCCAAACUAACAUCUCUCCCACAGUGGCUUCUACAAGUCAAUCUCAAGCAGCUUUCUAUAAAAAAGUGCUUAAAUUUGAAGGCUUUACCAGAGCAGAUCAAGGCCCUUCAAUCACUUAUAUUGCUUGAAAUCGUCCAGUGCCCCUUGUUGACAUCAUUACCUGAAGCAAUGCGAAGGCUUAUGUCCCUUAAUCACCUAAGAAUCGCAGGUUGCCCAAAAUUGGAGGAGAGGUGCACAAAGGAUGCAGGCAAGGACUGGUACAAGAUUGCUCAUAUCCCACACAUAACUCACGAGCUCGAAUACUAUGAACACCACUUAUGA